CGCUGAAGGCUUGCCUCAGUACGACCCGCGCAAGCAGAGGGGUAGGGCGCAAACGAUGCCCCCUAAACUCUGACCACCGGUGCACCAGCACCAGACUUCGUGUAACCCCAUGUCUCCCUGUCUAAAGCCUGUUUUGAUAUUAGCCAUGAUUUUCACCGCUACUGCCUUCACGAUACUUGGAUUUUUUAUUUUCAGCCCUAUACAACGGGUAGCGUCCGAGACACCCUGCCCUGACGGGCGGUUCUGUCCGCCUCACUGGUUGUGCUGCGAGGCGGGGUGCUGCGCCCCGGCCACAUCACCACCCAGACGGGAGCAGGAGAUUAAGGAGGUCUACCGUUAUCCGUGGUACGCUCAAUGGCCAGUUCUCUUCCUCCUCGGCACCCUAGGCGGCAUCCUGAUCUGCUGCGUGUGGUGCCUAGUCUUCAAGCGGAGCUCACACCGCGUGUACAUGUGUUCGCUAUCGUGCUGCGCGCGCCGGCCAGCCUCGGACCAUGAUUCUGCGGGCUCAGUGUAUCCACCGCCUAGAUAUAGUCGCUGUGGCUCGUUUCAUCAGGCUCCUCCACCAUAUUCAGAGGUGACGAGCAAACCCGACUUAUUUCCAUUGGUCAUCACGUGCGAAGAAGGCGAUGGCAAAUCCGGAGGGAAUUACCUGAUGGUACACUACUUUAGAAACUACGUCAUUCGGGCACCGGGUUCUUUAUCAGCGACGAGUACUGCAGAGUCUCUCAACUCCAGUUUCAUAUGCAACGCAGCAAAUGAAGCAAAUUCGGUCGUCCCGCCUCCGUAUUCCACGGACUUCGAGUCGUUCACCGGCUGCGGCCUGCUACGUUCGCUGUCCUCGCUAACUGAGAGGGAACCCCGUGCUCCUCCGAGAUCCCGCACCGUUCCCGAACCCGCACCCAGAGAAACUACAGCCUUCAGGGAAAAUCUGGUUACAUCGCCCGUUCAACCCUUGCAGGAUCCCACCUUCGACUUAGAACUAGAGCUGAUAGACUGCGAGAUGUACUGCGACGGCGCCUGUAAGCCGCGGCUCGGCGCCUCGCCCCCCGCGCACCGCUCCCCCGCCCGCGACGACAACUACGAGCACGAGGCCUACGGCCUCCGCCACCUCUUCACCUGCCCCUCCACAGAACUGGCCGGCGCCUGCGAAUCCCCCCCACAGCCAACAAGCCCUACACAAUCCAGAGAAUCCACUCUAAGGAGACCUAGCGAUGAAAGAAGGCACCGAAGGAUAGACAGUUUGAAAAAGACUCCGAAAGCCAGGAAGUCGAGCUUAUACAUGCCUUUGUCAGUGGCUUAUCCUGUUAGGACUUCGAGAGUGUCGCCCGGAUCUAGAGUUUCGUCUAGGUCCGCGCCCGCCACGCCCUGUGGGGCUUUAGUGCCGAAUCUUCUACACUUUACCCAAAGAGUGUCGGCGACAAGGCAUGGUUCCCGCUCGUCUAGGUGUGAUGAAGAGAAUGAUCCACUCUUGGACGCUGAGACUGAGACGCGCACCGAUCACAAGUUUUAAUUUGACACGCUAUGCUGCUUGACACUUUUUUACUUUUUAAGCCAUUAGCUCGGUUUAUCCAGAUACGGUUCGGCUAGAAUUUAUCACGGGGAUAAUAAAAUUGCCCUUUAAAUUUGUAACUAUUACAUUUCUGAGGGACGAAUGUUUUAUAUACGUGAUAAAAGCUGGCAUGGCACUGUACUACAAGAAGAUUAACAUUGGUAGUCUUCGUGAUUCUCCACUCCGGCUUGAUAUACGAGUUCCGUGGAGUCUGCAACUUCGACAGGGCCAUUGUGGGAGCGUUUACAUUGAGCCAAUAUUCACUGAGCAAAAAUCCGAUGAUAGGUAGUCGAAAUAAGCUAAAAAAGUGUGGCAAAUUUCUAUGAUAAUAUGACGUGUCCUCUUGAAGUCGAUGCAAUGUUAGCUAGGACUAUGUCAAAGAUUACAGUUGGAAGACAUGAUUGACUCCGUGUAAACACGCCCUUAAUGUAAAAUGGGAGAUUUUCGGAGAUGACUGGUAUUUGUGCUAAAUAAGGAUGUGCAUAAGACGCGGAAACUGACUUUGGCCAUCUUCUGUUAGGUAUAUAUGUAAAGUUUGAAGGUCAGUGUGGAGAAGAUAGGCACAUAACAUUAUAGCAAGAACUCUCGUAUUAAUAUACGAGCUUUGCUCACAAUUAGAAAGAAAAACUUUCGCUCCUUCUCUCUACCUAAGUGGAGUAUGUGUACAAUGCGAAAGUCAGAAGCGACUAAAGAGCUUAUGGACGGUCUUCUCCACUUUGAAUUUACCGAAAUAUUAAACGUGUGGCCUAAGGGACCCCCGACUGUUUUUAAAAUGCGUUCUAAUUGCGACCAUUCUCUUCAACGUCAAUCCCUUUCAUUCGUUAUCGCCAAACAUACAUCAAACGAAAUAGAUUGACGUCGGUGAGAAAUCUUUGCGAUUAGGCUGACGGUCUCCAUGUGACAAAGUCCCACAUUCUCAAUGUUGUGAAUGUCAAUUUUAUGCUCAUUAUUACCGUAGAGCGUUUUACGCAACUGUGUAGUUAGUUUAAAUGUUAUUCGAGAAUUAUGAUAUUAUUAUUGCAUUUAGAUUUAAGGAAAAGAGCUUGAUGGACCAUUGUUCACAUGCCUUCUAAAUAAGAAUCUAAUAAUGCA